UCGUACGUCUUUCGGAUGAGCGAAAGGAUCUGCGUAGUCUUGCGAUUCGAAGUUCGCUAUUUCGUGGCAAAGGAACGAUAUCUUGCGCUGCUGAUAAAGCUGUGCAAGGACCAAUCGACGCGAUUCCACUUCACGGCAACGGAAGCCGUCGUUCGGACUCUCAAAAACGGGACUGCUCGAGCUUCGGAAGACGCUUCAAUCUUCUCGCGAUCGCUACCAAGCAGAAGGCAUUCGCACAACUUCGUCGCGAACUCUCGUGUUUACACUCGGAACGAACGGUCGAGUCGACCGUCUCUUUUCACGAAAUAGUUGUGCACGCAAUCACCAUCACACCAAACGGAUCCGAUCGCCUACGAUUAAUUUGGCGGGCGAUGUAUCAGCGACACGCGAGUCUACGCGCGUCCCCAGUUGGUUCAACCCGGGCCUUACAACGCCGGAAUGAGACGUACAAACCCGCGCAUUACCGUUAGUGCUCGCAUCGUCGAUGUAGGAACCAGAGACCGUAUCGAAAAUUUUAUGUGACGUUACUUACUCGAUUCACUUAUUGACCAGCGCAAUUGCAGUUGACGUGAAAAUCGUUGCUAGAUCUUCGAACACAGUUUACAUUAAGGCACAACGAGCGAUGUCUUGGAAACAUUGUUAUCAAAUCUUUGUACCUCAGCGGCGCCACUCGAGUGCAAAGGGUUAACUUUAAGUUUAUCUACCGCUUUGUUCUGUUAUAUCUUUAUUUGACCAUGCAUCGAGGAUUUCUCAGUCAGUAGAUCGCUGCAUUAUUAUGGUUAGAAAAAUAUAUAAAGCAACCUGUGUAUGGUAUUAGUUUAUGUACCUUGACAAUUCUACAUUUUUACAGCGAUGUGCAAAAGUGAGUUCAGAUCUUCUGUAGUCGAAUGAACUUUUUAAAUUGCACUUGAUCUUUCUGGAUAUGUUAGUACCAGUUUAGUAGAUGAUGCCCAGAUAAAUUUGUGCGAAGAUCGUGAUUGUUUGAAAUGACAAAAAGAUAUCAAAAGUACACGUUCAUCAACUUUUUCAUGUGAGCUUAUAACGAUAAUUUAAACACUGCGUUUCAUAAGUAUCGACAACUUUACAUACGUGUACGCAUGCUGGAAGUGGCGAAAUCGGUUGACUCAGAGACAAGGUACGGCCACUAAAAAACGUGAAGAUCUCCAUCCAGUUUUUGAUCGUAAUCGCUAAAGAGCUGCUACUUUCAAGAGCUUUAAUUAACCAAGAAGAAAUUUCGGUUCGUGUAAAAAAUUUUCUUAGACAUUGUCAGUAGCUCCUCUGAUAUCUCAGCAAAUUCAAGUCAUUUGUUUAAAUUUGCAAAAAGUUAUUGCAGUCAAGGAGGUGUCUGCUCGCUUUUCCAGACCACUGUGUACGUAGAUCACAUUCACAAUUACGAACGAAAUAAUGAGAUAAAAGUUAUCAAGACUAUCUAGUUGCUGUUCACAUCGAUACUACGAAUAGCCGUUGAAGAAUGCAUUUAUUCUCUAGAUAAAAAGGUUGAAACUAAAAGUAAUGGUUGAAAUAACUCGGCUCGUUUUUGUUUCCGCUAUGAAUCGAUUAAUAUUUGAUUACCAUUGCCCCAGUCUGCCGAUGACAUAAAUCGAUUCCGAGCGGAUACGAAUAAAUUGAACAAAUUUCAAUUCAUUACACAACGGAAAUAGCAUAGUUUGAAUAAAAUAUGGUGCCGAGCUGUAGUUGGACGACACGGCAAAUUCUCUAUGCAGUCAUUCGUCGCCACCGCGUGAAAUGGACGUGUUUCGAAAGAACUAUACCACCUACUAUUGCAUCUUACGCUUCACGGGGCUCUGGCCUUUCGAUGAAUCUGUCUUAUCGAAGCUUCACAGAAUCUGUUUUUCGUUAAUUCCAGUGUCCUGUAUAGUGAUUCAGGCGAACAGAUUACAAUAUGUUGAAAUUACGGUACAGAAUUUAAUUACGUUUUUAUCAUUUUCCUGUCCGAUGUUAUUAUUCUUUUUACGAUACCUUGGUUUUAUCAUCAAUUUUCCAUUAGUGAAAUCUUUCAUAGAAAACAUAGAAAAUGAUUGCGCCACGAUCCAGAAUCCGAUCGAGGUGAAGAUGUUAACGAAAUAUAUAGAAAGAACGAAGCUCGUAAUUCAACUUUUUAUUGGUUUGGCAAUCUUAACAAUCUGCGCUUUAAGCCUGAAAUUAGUGACCCCUACAAUUUUUCAUUUGAAAUGCCAACUUCACUUUCUACAAUUCUUGGGAUUCUUUUACUUUGAGCACAGCAAACAAGCUGACUGGGCUAGCAUACAUAUCACAACGACCGCCGUAUUUGGUUUAUUCAUUAUCGCAUGUACGGAAGGGUCGCUCGCAGUUUUUGCAUUGUACUUGUGCGGAUUGUUUAAAAUCGUUAGUUAUCGAAUAGAAGGGGCAGUCGACAACGCGACUAAGUUUAUUACAGCGAAGCCUAUAGCCAUCGGCCCCGCCAUGGACAUGCACCAAAGAGCAUAUAAGCUCGCUAAAUCUGUAGGGAACAGCGUGCUGUUAUCGUAUUUAUUAGCGAUUAUAGUGGUCGUUCUUUCGUUCGCUAUGAACUUGUAUCGGGCUUCUGUGAUGCUGUCCGACAUCAAGAGUAUAGACGAUUUCAUUAUGUGCGUCGUGAUAGUCGUAACGCAUCUGAUAAUCAUAUUUCUAAAUAAUUACAGCGGCCAGCAGCUUGCCAACAGUAGCGUCGAUGUUUUCUAUCAUACAUACAACUCCUCGUGGUACAGUAUGCCACCGAAGUCACAGAAAAUGUUGCUACUCGUACUGAUGCGAAGCGCGCCCGAAGUGCACUUUAAUCUUGCUGGUUUAUUUAAUCCGUGUUACGAAGGCUUCACGACGAUGAUGAGCUCGUCCUUUUCAUACUUUACUGUACUUUAUUCAGCCUAAAGGAACCAUUUAGACACACCACGGUCUUGGUAGCACGUUAUCAACGACGAUUCACGAUCGGGGACGUCGAAUUGAAAAAAAAAACAAUAGAAUUCUGCACAGCCGAAAUUUUGUUGACGGGGCGAUCGCGUCUCCGUCGAAGAUGAUCGAAACUGGAAGCAUCGAUGACGAUGACAAGGUGCUGGGAAAUGGUGAAACCGGACAAACGAACCGGCAACUAACAGUCUCAAGUUUCGGAUGAUCAGCUUCGCGCUGAUCCAUGACAGCCGUGAAAUUUGUCGACUGUUCUUUUAAUCGAGCACCGUGUACACCGCCGAAAAUUUUUGGCUAUCCGAGCACCGUCGGUUUCCAGUACGAACGGAGAACACAAUGAGAAAAGAAUUCCAAAAUUCGAGAAAUAGUUGCCGCACUUACCGAACUUCGCUUUCCGCGGCUCCAUUGUUCGUGGCCGAUUGAAGUAUUUCAACAGAAGAAGAAUAACAUGUAACCCGGAAGAAUCGGCAGCCAAGCGAAGUAUAGUUAAAUUACGACGCUUCAAGAGCGUGUUCACUUUGAAAUAAAACGGCGUGAUCAUGGUCGGUUGAAGUAACAGCUGCUGUUCCGUUCUUCUCAUUUAUUUCCACUCGAUCGGCGUAAAUUCGCGCGCUGUUUAUUCAAUCUUUAAACAUAACACCGAGUUACAUAGCUGUGUACAUUAUAUAUACAUCUACAUACAUUAAUAAAAAUCUCAUUACAAGAUUGA